CAGACAGGCAUCUUAGGUUGCCUAUCCGUUGAAAUGUUGAAAAGGGCAAAGGAAAAUAAUCCAACAAACGAAUGUUGUCCACAAUUAAUCAAAUCCAAAGGGUCAAAAACAAUCAACAAAAUAGAAGCAAAUUCCCAUCUUUAUCCGUUGCUUGAGAGUUUUGCCUUAUUCUUAGCCUGUUCUUCUCCAUGGAUGCUGAAGUGGUAGUUUCUCUUCUCUCACAGAAACUGCAAAAUCUUCUCCAUGAUGAAGCGAUAGCCCUGACCCCAAAGGUGAAAGAUCAAGUUCAGAGAACCACCCACCAGCUCAACUUGAUCAGGCAGUUGCUGAAAGAAGCAGAUCAGAAGAAUCGAGCAUUAACUGUUGAAAUUAACAGCGGUAAGUGUACAACUCGUCUCUUGCGAGCUCUCUACUCUAUGGAUGAUGCCAUUGACAACUUUCUAGUCAGGAAAGCAUUGCAGAGUCGGAAGCCUUUCACUUCUUUCUGUAACCGAGUUGUCUUCAACAAAGAGAUGAAACAAUUCAUUUCCAAGACUGGAGACUUAAUCAAAGAUAAGCAACCAUUGGAUAUUCAAGAUGUUACUGAUAACAAUAUCCCAGGCCCGAGCCAACACCAACGUUGGGCAAGAAUAUCUGAUUUUUGUUUCGACGGUGAAAGUCACGUGGUUGGCCUUGAGGAACAAGUAAAGAAUUUGGUUGCUCUUGUAGUCCAGGGGGCAGAGCAAGGGAACCAACCAGCAAUUGUUUCGAUGGUUGGCGAGGGAGGAUCAGGCAAAACAGCCAUAGCAAGAAUCGUAUACAACAGAGUGGACAUCAAGCGGCAUUUCACUAGCCGUGCAUGGGUUCAUGUUACGAAAGAGUUCAAAGUGAGAGAUUUAUUGGUUGACAUGAUUACCCAGCUUGAUGAAAAGAUUGCGAAAGAGCCAUUACUGGAGGACGAAUUAAAGUGGAGGCUCCCUAAACUUCUAGGACAAGGAAGAUAUCUAAUUGUUGUUGACGAUGUCGAUGCUCCUGAAUUUUGGGAAGCAAUCAAGGAGGUCUUUCCACCCUUUUCCCACGGUGGUGUGGUGAUUGUAACUACCCGAAAGGCGGGCCUGGCAGUGCCAGCUGGUUCAACUCUACAGGUACGUCCAUUGAAUGAUGAAGAAAGCUGGGCUUUGUUCUUAAAGAAGCUAGACAUAACUGAAGAUAGAUUACAUAAUUCUCAGUUAAUGAAAUUCAAGGGGCAAAUCUUGAAAUUAUGUGGUGGUUUACCUCUAGCAAUUGUCUUAAUGGGUGGUUUGUUGUCUGCUAAAGAAUUAACAGAUAGCGAAUGGUCAAGAGUGAUCGAGCAUGUGAAUGCUAUAGAAGGUAUCUUGGCCUUAAGCUAUCAUGAAUUGCCUUCUUACUUGAAGCCCUGCUUUCUUUACAUGGGACUCUUUCCGAAAGCGAUUGAGAUCCCCAUAAGGAGGUUGAUUCAUCUGUGGGUAGCUGAGGGUUUUGUCACAUCCUUGUCUGACGGUGAUAUGGUUGAGGAGGAUCUGGCAGAAAUGUAUUUUGAGGAACUAGUUUGUAGAAAAAUGAUUGAAGUGGUAAGAUGGAGGUUAGAUGGGAGCCCCAAAACAUGUCGUUUGCCAAGCCUUGUCCAUGAUGUCUUCUCCUUAAAAGCAAGGGAUAUUGGAUUUCUUCAGAUCCACAAUACGUCAUUUUCAGCUAACACAUCACAAUUACCAGUCCGGAGACUUGCAACAUAUUCAAACAUCCCUUUUUCAAAACUUCACGAAAGCCAUUUACGUUCUUAUGUAUCUUUUAACACUUUAAAAGGAGGUAUCCCUGCUGGAAAUUCAAGCAUGUUUUUAGACAAGAUUAUGAGUAAGGGAAACCUCGGAGUGUUUAGGGUGCUUGAUCUUGAGGGUGUCUACAAACCUCAGCUUCCCAAGGCAAUGGGCACUCUCUUGAACUUAAGGUACCUAGGCUUAAGAUCCACUGUUAUUAAUUCACUUCCAGUCUCUAUUGGCGUUUUGCAAUGCCUGGAAACUUUGGAUGUGAAGCACACCAACAUAACCACUUUGCCUGAUUCUUUUUGGAAGAUUAGGGGCCUGCGCCAUCUCUAUCUGAAUGGAAUUUGUCUUGAUUCUUUGGACGUGCUCUCAGCGGAGACUUUGAAUAAGCUUCAAAGCUUAUGUGGGUUGUCUAUUAGCACCGAAUCUUUAGUUGCAGAGACCUUGAGCAAGUUUAAAUGCCUCAGAAAGUUGCAGUUGACAUUCUAUAUCCCAAGAAGUAUAAAAAUUGAUUGGACAUCUCAACUGAACAAACUUCACUCUCUAAGGAUAAGAUCAAUGAGAAAGUCUGGUGAGAGUGCACCCAUCAAGUUAACGAGCUUCAAGGAGCAGCACAACCUGGUCAACUUAUAUUUGUUUGGAUCGUUACUAAGACCAUUCAAAUCCACAAUAUUUCCUCCAAACCUGAAAAGCCUCACUUUAUCAAAGACAGUACUGGGCAAAGAUCCAAUGCUAGAGCUAGGAAAGCUGCCUCAGUUAAAUAUACUAAGGCUUUUCAGUUUUUCCUACAUAGGGGAAGAAAUGACUUGUGUCUCUGGAGCAUUUCCUCAACUCCAUGUCUUGAAACUGUGGCAACUGGGCAAUUUUAGUAAUUGGCUUGUGGAAGAAGGAGCCUUGCCUAGUCUCAGAGAAUUAGAAAUUAGGGACUGUAGAAGUCUCAAAACGCUGGAUGCAUUAUACCAGCUGACCAGCUUGAGGGAAUUGAUACUUACUAAUAUGCCACCAGAUUUUGCAGACUAUGUUAGAGGCAUUAAUAGCACCGGCAGCGCUGUAUUUAUCAAAGAAAAUCACUGGGAACCUUCUCCUCCGAUGUUGUAGGAAUGAGAUCCUGGAGGCAAGAGUCAGGACAGAGUAUAUGCCCUUCCGCGAGAAAGACCAUCACUCUAGGGAAAUCAUAUUCUGCAUCAAUUUCAUAUUUUCUGAAAUGUUACCAUUUAAAAGUUGUGUAGCAAAUCUACUUGCUCUAUUUCAUUGAGACUGGAUUUCUGAAGCAACACAACAAAGGCCUCAAUAACCUCAUGCUUCAUGCACUUGUAUUUCUGCUAUGUUAAAACUUUGCAGCAAUUACUGGAAUAAUUUUUAUUUGUUUAUCAAAGUGAAUAUAUACAGGUCAAUUUCCUAGAAUACUUGAAUGACCAUCUUAAAUCAAACUUACAAGGUAGCUUAGCAAUAGUCCUUGGAAGUCCAAUUUUCAUGAAGAAUCCUAACUAGCUUUUUGUCUCUGGAAGGAAGAGAGAGGACAAGAACGGAGGUGGGACAGGGAGCAAAUAGUAAAGUCAUAAGUUCCUAACCUUUUCUCCGAGGCUAAUCAUUUUUGAUUCGAUAGAGCGACAAAGGUACUCAAGAAGCUAGUUGAACUUGAAACUUGGGCGAUGUAUCUCAGGCUGUGUUAUUGUAGAACACCAUCAUCUCCUACAGAUCAGCAACAAAUCUCCCAUAAACGAGCAACAAAUUACUCACCAAACCAGCAACAAAUUACUCACCAUACAUGGCAGCAGAUCAGCACCAAACCAGCAGCAAUUCAGCAACAAACAUGGUAGCAGAUCAGCACCAAAUCAGCAACAGACAUGGCAGCAGAUCAGUAGCAAGAAUAGCAGCAUGUGUUGUAAUAUUUUUGUAAAGAGACGUUGCACCAAUUUUGUGUAUAAAUCCUGUAAUCUCUCCCCUAUAAUCUCUCUCUAUUGUUAGACAAAGUUUUCUUAUAUAACAUAGUUUGUAACCUAUAUAAAGAGGGGAGAACCAACUAAGUUCUCAAGCAGAAAAAACACAGAAACUUAUACAUUUGUUUUCCUCUUC